UUGCUAUAGCGACCGCUCCCACGGCCGGGCGCAGCCGCUCCAGCCGUGGCAGCUGUAUCGGGGCCUUUCGCCCGCGGAGCCACCGACCGCAGCCCCCACCGCCGCUCCCCAUGGCCGCAGAGGAGGAGUUCGACGUGGAGUGGGUGGUGGACAGUAUCGCCGGCUUCCUGCAGGGGCCCGCCUGGUCCGUGCCCAUCCUAGAGUUCGUGGAGCGGAAUUGCGAGGUUUUUGAUGAUGAAGAAGAAAGCAAGUUGUCUUACACAGAAAUUUAUCAGGAAUACCAAGCCUUGGUUGAAAAAUUACUAGAAGGCUAUCUUAAAGAAGUUGGAAUUAAUGAAGAGAAAUUUCAAGAAGCUUUUUCGUCUCCUCUUGCAAAGACACACACUUCACAGGCCAUUUUGCAAACGGUGUUGGCAGCAGAAGAUUUCAAACUAUUUAAAGAAAUGAUGGUACAGAAAAAUAUUGAAAUGCAAUUGCAAGCUAUUAGGAUCAUUAAAGAAAGAAAUGGUGUGUUGCCUGACUGUUUGACAGACGGUUCUGAUGUAUUCAGUGAAAUUGAACAACAAGAAAUGAAAAUCCUCAGGGAGGUCCUAAGGAAGUCUAAGGAAGAAUAUGAAAUAGAGCAAGAAAGGAAAAGGACUGAAGAGGCACAUGAUGCAUUUAAAUCAGCAGAUGUUACAUACAGUUUUCCAGAAGAUUCCAGAGAAGCUGUAAAAGUUAAGGAGCCCAUCGAGGGAGCUGAUGAUUUUGAAGGAACUCCACAAUUUUCAUUAGAGGAAUCACAGAAAUCUGCAAGGAAAGAUUUAAAACCAGUACACUCCUUACAAAAAAGAAGAGAGAGCAUUUCUCAACCUUCUUGUACCAAAGUGAAAGAAGAUAUGAAGAAAAUGACUGCUGGAAACCAUUCAGAAAAUGCAGCACAAGAAACUGGGAUUGAAGGACUUAAUUUAUCAGAACUUGAAGAACACCACCUGAGGCAACGAGAGGACUACUUAAAGAAAAAACGAGAUUUGCUGAUGGCUACAAGAAGAGAGUCAAGAAGUAAUGUACUGUCACCAACAAGUACUGGCCAGAAAGAUGAGGAGUUACCUCCUACAGAGACAAUGUCAGAAGAGAAACAAAGAUUACUACAGAAGAGGAAAAUGCUUGCAGAAAAACUAAAAGAAGAAGUUAUUAAUAAGCGGUAAUUUCACUCAUUACAGAACUUAAGAACAUGGGUAGUUUCUUUUAGAAUAAAUUAUCUAACCAGUAAGUGGGUGAAUUUGUUUUCAAAUAUAUUGCACUUAAUUUUUUUAGAGCUUUCACAGAAGUAACUCUGGCCUUUGAAAAUUACAUUGAAAUACAUUAAAAACAUACUUUCUAGAAUGCUGGAGACUUACUGGAAUGUACUCAGAAAUGAGGCCAUUUAACAUCACCUCAGCGUACAGUGUGAACUACUGGCCACAUCGUAUUAGGUAGAACAAAAUCAGAUAAUGAUUAAAAUAAUUACUGUUAAACGAUAAUUGUUAAAAUAAUACCUGUAAGUGUGAAUGAUUUUGAAUGAGUUUUUUUUUUUCAAAUAUGGAACUUUGUUCUUUUCCUUUUAUUAGAAUGUCAUUAUAAAUAAAUUACUAUUUUCAGCUGUAAAAUACAAUAAAGUAAUUUCACAAGAAA